AUGACGAACAAAUGGGUGAAUGCACUGCACGAUGACGCGGCACAGGUACAUGCUAUUGGGCCAUGCGUCACGAUGGGUGACCUCAACGGGGACGGCGAUGUGAAGCUGAUCGUCGCGGAUAUGGGCAUUAAUAGAAUCAACAUGCGCCUCCGCAUCUUCAAAGGGGUCGGCGUGGUCGGGGAGUCCGUACUUGCCGAAGUCCCAGGUGCUGUCUGCUGUUUCCACAAUGAACAGACUACCGUACCCUCGGUCGCCAUCGCAUCCGGUCAUUCGCUGCUCAUCUACAAGAAUCUCAAGCCCUUCUACAAGUUUACGGUCCCUGGUUCGAAGGUGAACCCGAUCGAGGAAGAAGCCUGGCAAAAAGCCGGUGCCGGCGAGAUUUCGGUAAAUCAGCUCAAUACUGUACUCAGCAACCUUAAACAAGAGGUACUUCUCCGGAAUCUCACCUCCACCUCACAGACUUUCCUGCUGGCCAGUGAGGACGACAGGGUGGCGCUGGUGCAUCGUUAUGGCCAGAAAACACUUCAGAAUACGUGCUCGAUUACCUGCCUGACAGCCAUCAAAAAGAAUACAGCCGAUGUCUCGCCAAUCGACGUGCUGGUUAUCGGAACCGAACGUGGGGUGGUGCAUGCCAUCGAUUCACAGGCUUUCACCGUCGUCCUGACCUGCCAACUCCCAUCGACUCCCGCAUUUCUAUGUACGCAUGGAGUUUUCGACGUCGAUUUCCGAAUCUUUGUCGCAACCCGUGAUGGUCAGAUUUUCACGGUCAAACGGGAUCAGGCCCGAGUGGACAAGCCGACGAUCACCAUGAAAGCCGAUAUUUUGGCUAUUACAAAGUUUAACAAAAUGUUAGCCGUCGCCUGCGUCGACAACACUCUCACGUUUUUCACGUUCAAGGGUAAACGCCAGAAUCAGAUCAAACUGCACUCCCCGAUCCGCGGCCUCGAGCCGUUCUCCUACGCCCCUCGGCAGUACACCGGCGUUUUGGUGGCCCUCGAUCAUCAGGUGCGCAUCUACAACGACAUGUUCCAACUCGACCAACUGCGCGUCGAUCCGAAAAUACGGUGGAUAAAGUAUGGACCGUUUGGGAGGGAGGAGGGCGGACUGAUUAUUGGCACUACUGAGGGUGGCAUCAUCGUCAAGUUGUUCAGGCGGUUGGCCAAGCUGGACGAGAAGAUUGAGAUCAACCAACAGAUGCAUCAGGCCUAUCAACGCGAUCUAUUCAUGCUGAAAUACCUAACAACAAAGACGUUCUACGAGAUGACACGAUCCUCAUUGAAUACAGUUGCUAUUUCUGGUGAUUCGAAAGAGGCUGUCGAUAUUAGUGUCGAGAUCCACGGCUUUGGCCCAUCCUUCAGAUUAACGGUCAAUCUCAACAAUAGCUCAAAAUUCCCAAUCGAUGAGGCUGUGAUAUCAUUCAUCUACGAUUCGACAAUGUAUCGAUUUCAGCAUUCGAUGAUUAAUAUUGCAUACGUGGUACCUGGCCGUUCCUACUCCUAUUUCACGGGCGUCACCUGUCUACACCCGGAAAAGGGCACAAAUUCGGAAGUGCGAGCCCUGCUGUGUAAAAAGGAUCGCAGCAAUCCGCUCGUCACAUCCAUCAUCACGAUGCCAAUAUCGGAAAUGAGCCUUUUGGAU